AAAAGUUCACUUCAAUGUUUAUCCUAACAAAACAUUUAAAAGUCCUUAGUUUACUCCUCUUUCUUUUAUCUAUCCUCGUCCGCCAUGGACGAGCGCAAAGCCCUCGUUUCGAUUUCAGCUUUUCCGCACCCAAUUUCAAUGGGAGACAAUUUCGAAGAGAUAUUGAACACCUACUUCACGAACGGGGCGGAUGUUGAGAUUAGCAGCAAUGACGAUGGCUUCCGCGGCGCAUGGUACGAGGGAAAGGUGAUCCGCGCCGUGUCAAAAAAAGCUAAGAAGACUCAUAGCAAGAAAGAGAAGCGGGUGGAGGUCGUGGUGGAGUAUGAGACGCUAAUGGCUGACGAGGCCGGGAAAGUGCCUCUGCAGGAGACAGUCGACAUCGUUCAAGUCCGGCCGCGGCAGCUCCGAGAGGGCCUUCGCAGAUUCAAGUCCAGCGAGGAGGUGGACGCCUACUACAACGAUGGAUGGUGGGAAGGCAUCGUAAUCGCUACGCUGGAAGGCGGGAAGUACUCGGUGUUCUUCAGGGCAACAAGGGAGCAGCUGGAUUUCGCUGGAUCGGAGCUCCGUCUCCACCGCGAGUGGGCCAACGGCGAAUGGAUCCCGCGCAUGGGGGAUGGAGAUGCUGAGGAAAAUGAAAUAUCAAAAGAGGAGAAGCCAAACAAUGAUGUUAGUCGACAAAUUUUCCAUCAAGGAAUGAUGGUCGAAGUAAGCAGUGAUGAAGAGGGUUACGAUGGUGCUUGGUUUGUUGCUACUGUCGUAAAACAACUAGGCAGUGGUAAUUACAUUGUAGAGUAUCAGAGCUUAAGGAAUGAUGACGACACAGCGUUUGUGCAAGAAGAGGUUGAUCAUAUGCAUAUACGGCCAUGUCCUCCCAAUACUGGCAGAGUUAAGAGCUUCAAAGUUUUUGAUAAAGUAGAUGCUCUGUAUAAUGAUGGAUGGUGGGUAGGGACGAUCUAUAAAGUUCUUAGAGGCAACAAUAAAUACAUUGUCUACUUCAGCAACACUAAGGAGGAAUUAACGUUUAAGCAUGCUGAUUUGCGGCAGCACCAGGAUUGGGUCAAUGGGAAAUGGAAGAGAGCUCCCAAGGAUAAAAAAUUACCCUCUUCAAUCUCCAUCAAAUCCAAGGGCUAAUGUAUGAUUACACGCCUGCUCGACCUCAGCAUAUAUUCAUUUACAGUUUGGGAAGGCCUUCAGAAUUUGGUGAAGAUUUUCAUAAUAUAGUGGUAAUAGACCAGCCGGCCUUAGUUUGUUCAAAUGUAAAACAAAGCAUAGGUUACAUUGAAAAAGGUUGGAACAAGAUUGACUUCACAGUUAUUUCCAGCUAGUUCCUCACAUUCUAUAUUCUGCUCCUCAUUCCAUU